GAUUGGCCGGGAGGAUUCUGAGCAUGAACCACUAGCAAGUCGGAGCACAAGGAGGCGGGAUUUGCCUUAAAACCGGUGUGAAAGAAGAGCUUUCAGGGAAGCCGUGGAAAGCAGAUGUCGGAGUCGGUGGGCUGGACGGAGACGGAGCAUCACUUCAGUACCGGGGGGGAAAGUGGACCAGGAGGGCUUUGAUCCAUUCCCACCGAGCAGGGAGAAGACUGUCUCCUGAAGACUAAUUGAUGAUCUGAGUCCAGCGCGGGUGAUGCGAGCCGCCUGUAAAUGCAGCCUUGAACCUGAAAACAUUGUAACAGCCCUCCGGCUCGGAACGCUUUUGUUUUUUUUUUAUCCGUUUUUUGGUGCCGCACCGUCUCACUGAGCAGCAAGCAUGGAUGAUGAGAAUCAAGUACCUGAGGAUCUGACCUUAGAUGAGAGAGAUGAGCUGACAAACAUACGGCGCAGGAAAAAAGAACUACUGGAUGACAUUGAGCGGUUGAAGUUCGAGAUUGCAGAAGUGAUGACGGAAAUCGAGCAGCUCACCUGUGUGGGAGAGAGCAAAACCACACAAAGAAACAAACAGAUUGCUAUGGGAAGAAAGAAAUUCAACAUGGAUCCCAAAAAGGGGAUCCAGUUUCUCUUGGAGAAUGACCUCCUGCAACACACCCCUGAAGAUAUAGCCCAGUUCCUCUACAAAGGGGAGGGUCUAAACAAAACAGUCAUUGGGGAUUACUUGGGGGAACGGGAUGACUUCAACAUUAAAGUGCUCCAGGCUUUCGUGGAGCUCCAUGAAUUCGCAGACCUCAAUCUUGUCCAAGCGUUAAGGCAAUUUCUGUGGAGCUUCAGGCUGCCGGGCGAGGCGCAGAAGAUCGAUAGAAUGAUGGAAGCCUUUGCGUCCCGGUACUGUCAGUGCAACCCAGGAGUCUUCCAAUCCACAGACACGUGUUAUGUCCUGUCCUUUGCCAUCAUCAUGCUGAACACCAGCCUACACAACCCCAACGUCAGAGACAAGCCCGCCGUGGAGCGCUUCAUCUCCAUGAACAGGGGAAUCAAUGAGGGAGGAGACCUACCAGAAGAGCUGCUCCGGAACUUGUACGAGAGCAUUAAAAGUGAGCCCUUUAAGAUCCCGGAGGAUGAUGGCAAUGACCUGACCCACACGUUUUUCAACCCUGACCGAGAAGGCUGGCUGCUUAAGCUAGGAGGAAGAGUAAAAACCUGGAAAAGGCGGUGGUUCAUUUUAACCGACAACUGCCUGUACUACUUUGAGUACACGACGGACAAGGAGCCACGGGGAAUCAUCCCACUGGAGAACCUCAGUAUCAGAGAAGUGGAUGAGCCCAGGAAGCCUAACUGUUUUGAGCUCUACAACCCGAGUCACAAGGGUCAGGUGAUCAAAGCAUGCAAGACGGAGGCUGAUGGUCGAGUGGUGGAAGGGAACCAUGUGGUCUACAGGAUAUCAGCCCCCACACCAGAGGAGAAAGAGGAGUGGAUCAAAUCUAUAAAAGCCAGCAUCAGCAGGGAUCCCUUCUACGACAUGCUGGCUACCAGGAAACGCCGCAUCGCCAACAAGAAGUGAUGAGUGGCUCGUCGCCAUGCAUGAGGUCUUGUGACAUCAGCAGUGUAGGACUUUGUCACGAGGGCUGAUUCUCUACAAUUUAAGCCCAUCAUCCCUUAUUUCGCUCCGUUUUCCCUCCAUGUAUAAGAGCAAGAUGUGGCCGCUGCUGUUUUCCCUGCACUUGCAUGGAUGUCGGCGCGCACGCACACAUGGACAGAGCAUUACGGAUUGGCACGAUUCAACCAUGAAAUCCCAACGCGUUCAGACCUCAAUCUAUGCCCAGUCACUAAAGCGCCACUUUGCUCAUACGAUUAGUAAGAACGGCAGGCUGGAGCCAGUUAGGAUUAUGGAAAUGAACUGGUGUCCAGUAGCUGUUAUUUAUUAUCAUCAAGUAAAUAUAAGCUCUUAUUGUAAGAUGUUUCUUUAAUGACCAAUGAGCUACAGCGUACUCCAAUCAUCCACACGUUAUAUCCUACGUUGACAUUUCACUGUAAAUCUAUCUGACAUAGACUAUCAUCUCACUAUGGUGCUGAACGAGUUUGUCUGUGCAAUUUGUUCAAGAGAAACGGCAUAAAAACUUGAAAGGUUUCUAAUAUAAAUGUGGGAAUGAAAUUUAACACUAUGUGGCAGUCUUAAGUCAGCUGGACUGAUAUUUCUUUAAUUUGUAGACCGAGUACAGGGGUGCUUUUGCAUCCUUUUAGCUUUCUUUGUAAAUGGGCUGGUGCCAGCGAGUUUAAGUUUUGUUUUGUCCUGAGAAAUGAGCGUUAAGAGACACCACAGGGCCGAGGUCUGUGUGACCUGAAGAUAUCGCGACACAAAUGUCGGUUUUAUGGAGUUUUCUAUUGGUUUGACCUCCGGGGGCCUCGAGCCACAUGUAUCACUCUAGUCAGUGUACAAGUACUGAUCUGGGAUCGGCCUUUAAUCUAUUCUUGUUUCUGAUUAUAUGGACAAGAUGGAUCCUAGAUCAGCUCUUUACUCUGAGACUCUUGAUGUAGAAGUUUGACAGUGUAUUGAUGUGUUGUGAAUGUUUAUCCCCGUUAAAAGCUAAAACUUUGCUUGCCUUUAUGUUCCCUUUACAAACACAAGUGAAUAUCUUUUUAUAUUUAUUUUCUCUGUGAAACGUUUGACCUGUAAUUGCCGAUACUAUGGACUUAAGUUAUGUGUAAAUACUGUAAACAGUUGUCCUCUUUGUGUAUGUAUGAAUUACUGCAUAUAAAAUCACUACAGCUAUGGUUCGGGAAACUUCUAUUGGCAGCUUUAUAUUGCCGUCAUGUCACGUGAUUCAGAAUUAUUAUUAUUAUUAUAAUGAUAAAAUGUUGAUUUAUAUGUAUUUGUAAGAUAAGAGCUCUAGCCCAGGGUGGAAUAUUAUCUUCUGUUGCCCUGUGAAGCUAUACAUUAAUUUUUAUAUGACUGUAAAAGCUAUUCGUCAUUACCAUAAAAUAAUCAUAAAGCUUUAACCCUGAA